AUGGGCUCCUCCGCGCACCCGCCGCCGCCGCCGCUCCUGCUGCUACUCCUUCGCUGCAGCCUGUGUUUCUCGGGGCUGGCCGAGGAGUGCCCGGCUUCGUGCCGCUGUCUGGAGGGGGAACUCUUGGACUGCAGUCGCCUCAAGCUCAGCCGAGUGCCCGAGCCGCUCCCGCGCUGGAUAGUGCAGCUAGAUCUCAGCCACAAUAGAUUGUCUUCAAUCAAGCCUAAUUCUUUGAGCCACCUUUGUAAUCUGCGAGAAAUAAAACUGAACAAUAAUGAAUUGGAAGCCAUACCAAAUCUGGGGCCUAUUGCAGCAAACAUUACUUUCCUAUCUUUGACAAGUAACAAGAUUGCAGACAUCGUGCCCGAACACCUGAAACCAUUUCAGUCUCUAGAAACUUUAGACCUGAGCAACAACAAUAUUUCUGUGCUUAACAUGGAAUCAUUUCCUCCUCUGGUGCUAAAGUACUUGCACAUUAACAAUAAUCGAAUGAUCUCCCUGGAACCUGGCACUUUUGACAACCUGUCUAGCACACUUCAAGUAUUGAGGCUGAACAGGAACCGAAUUUCAGCUAUCCCACAAAAGAUGUUUAAACUCCCCCAUCUCCAACAUCUAGAGAUGAACCGCAACAAAAUUAGAAAAAUAGAUGGCCUUACUUUUCAAGGACUUCCUUCUUUGAAAUCUUUACGAAUACAGAGAAAUGGGCUAGCUAGGCUCAUGGACGGAGCAUUCUGGGGAUUAAGUAGCAUGGAAAUACUGCAGCUGGAUCAUAACAACCUAACGGAGAUUACCAAAGGUUGGCUUUAUGGUUUGCUGAUGUUGCAGCAGCUUCAUCUUAGCCAAAAUGCUAUCAGCAGGAUCAGCCCUGAUGCCUGGGAGUUUUGCCAGAAACUCAGUGAGCUGGACUUAACUUAUAAUAAUUUAGCAAGACUAGAGGACUCGAGCUUUGUUGGUUUAAGUCUGCUGGUGAGACUGAACAUUGGGAACAACAAAGUGAGCUACAUUGCUGAUUGUGCCUUCCGAGGACUAUCCAGUUUACAAACAUUGGAUCUUAAAAAUAAUGAAAUCUCAUGGACAAUUGAAGAUAUGAAUGGGGCUUUCUCUGGACUUGACAAGCUUAGAUGGCUGCUACUCCAAGGGAACAGAAUUAGGUCAAUUACUAAGAAAGCAUUUUCUGGUCUGGAUGCACUUGAACACUUAGAUUUAAGUAACAAUGCAAUCAUGUCAGUUCAAGGAAACACGUUUUCACAAAUGAAGAAACUUAAAGAAUUGCACCUAAACACAUCAAGCCUUUUGUGCGAUUGCCAGCUGAAAUGGCUACCUGAGUGGUUGGCAGACAAUAACUUCCAGACGUUUGUAAAUGCUACUUGUGCCCACCCACAGAUACUAAAAGGGAGAAAUGUUUUUGCUGUCAGCCUAGAAGGUUUUGUGUGUGAUGAUUUUCCAAAGCCACAGAUAACUGUCCAGCCUGAAACUCAGUCAGCAAUCAAAGGUUCCAAUUUAAGUUUUAUAUGUUCAGCUGCCAGCAGCAGUGAUUCUCCAAUGACUUUUGCAUGGAAGAAGGACAAUGAAUUGCUACAUGAUGCUGAAAUGGAGAAUUACGCGCAUCUCAGGGCACAGGGUGGUGAAGUGAUGGAAUACACCACCAUUCUUAGGCUACGCCAUGUUGACUUCAGCAAUGAAGGAAAAUACCAGUGUGUUAUUUCAAAUCACUUUGGCUCAUCCUACUCUGUCAAAGCGAAACUUACAGUGAACAUGCUUCCUUCGUUUACCAAGAUGCCCAUGGACCUUACCAUUCGUGCAGGAGCCAUGGCACGACUAGAAUGUGCUGCAGUGGGUCACCCAGUGCCCCAGAUUGCUUGGCAGAAAGAUGGUGGCACUGACUUUCCUGCGGCACGCAAGAGACGCAUGCAUGUGAUGCCUGAGGACGACGUGUUCUUUAUUGUGGAUGUCAAAAUUGAAGAUACCGGUGUUUACAGCUGCACAGCUCAAAAUACUGCUGGGAGCAUUUCUGCUAAUGCAACAUUAACAGUAUUAGAAACACCCUCCUUUUUGCGGCCCUUGCUGGACCGAACUGUGACAAAAGGUGAAACUGCUGUCUUGCAGUGUAUUGCCGGGGGAAGCCCUCCCCCUCGGCUUAACUGGACCAAAGAUGACAGCACUUUGGUGGUGACAGAGAGACAUUUCUUUGCUGCAGGAAAUCAGUUACUGAUCAUUGUGGACACAGACUUCGAGGAUGCUGGGAAGUACACAUGUGAAAUGUCUAAUACUCUCGGAACGGAGAGAGGAAACAUUCGCCUCAGUGUAAUUCCCACUCCCACCUGUGAUUCUCCUCAGAACGCUGCCCCAUCCCUGGAUGAUGAUGGAUGGGCCACUGUGGGCGUUGUGAUCAUAGCUGUGGUAUGCUGUGUGGUGGGCACUUCCCUUGUGUGGGUGGUCAUCAUCUACCACACAAGGAGAAGAAAUGAAGAUUGCAGCAUCACAAACACAGAUGAGACAAAUCUGCCUGCUGAUAUUCCAAGCUAUCUGUCAUCCCAAGGAACUCUAGCUGAAAGACAAGAUGGAUAUGGGUCAUCAGAGAAUGGAAGUCAACAUCACUUUGUAUCAUCAUCAUCAUCCAUGGGAGGAUAUUUUUUACAACAAAGAGAUAGCAGUGGAAUUUGUCAUAUAGAUAAUUGCAGUGAAAAUGACCUGGAAGCUGUAACAGAUCCAUUUUUAUGCCAUUAUCUGGGAACUUCAGGAAGUAUAUAUUUGAAAGGGAAUAUUUGUGGCCCAGAUGUGUUUGAAGUAUACCACGCAGGCUGCAACCCAGAGCAAAAAACAGUGUGUGCAGACCUUUACGAUUCAAGUUGCUUAAAGAAAAAAGAAUGUUACCCCCAUCCCUACUCACCUGAAGAUCCUUUUGACCAGUAUAUCGACAUUUCUGGAAUACACACUCCAAAUAGUAAAUUGCUUCCAUCUGUUUAUACUCAAAGUGAAGAAAAUGAAACAAGAAGUUCACAUCUAAAUGUGGAUGCGUGUGAUAUUAAGAGAAACCAAGAGCUGUCUUCCACUGCUACAAGCAACACUUUCAUGGGAACAUUUGGAAAACCGAUAUGGAGACAUCAGCUUGAUUCCUUCCCAAACUGUAAGAGCUCAUCAGUUUGGCAACCAAACGCCUCCCCAAAUCAUCCUCAUGAAUCGUUGGACUUUGAUUCAGAGUCUGAGGAUGACCAUAGUAAGGUCAGGACGUUUCCUGAAGGGGACAAUGGCCACUGUAUUUACAAACCGGCAGCUGAAAAUUUUAGGACUCCUACUUUUCAGUCUUUUGAUUUGGAUACAUAACUUCCUACCGCCAGAGUCACCCCAGAACUGAUUUAUGAACCAAAUGAAUAUACUACCUCAAAGUGGACAUUAUUUAAAAAAGAAAAGGAGGGAAAGACACUCCAUUCUUAAUUGUGUUUUUUUAAUAGAGCUAUGAUUCAGAAAAAAAGGAAUACAUUUUUAUAUGGAUGCAUUUUUAUUGCCAAAACAUUAUACACUUUCAUGCAGAUUAUACAUUCCUUAUAGAAUAUAUUUCUAAAAAAAUUAUAGCUUUGUUUUAACCAAAUGGUACAUUUUUGUGUAAAUUAAUGGUGUGAAUAAUAAUUAUGCAUUUGUUACUACCACAGACUUCAUUUUAUUCAAAUGGGUGCUAAAAUAUUUUAAUACCAACACAUUUGUGUGCGUAUGUUUAAUGGACAUUCCAAAGUUUUAAGCAGGUAACAUGGUCAUGUUUGCACAUCACUUCUAAUAAGUUGGGCAGUCUUCUGCACUUAA